AUGGACCCCAAAGCUGAAAAUUCCCAUGUGUGGCCCACAUCUGCAGAACACCAACAGAACGCUGCUCAGGUGCACUUUGUUCCGGAUGCUGGAACUGUGGCUCAGAUUGUCUACACCGAUGAGCAGGGGCGUCCCCCGCAGCAGGUGGUGUAUACAGCAGAUGGUGCCUCCUACACGUCGGUGGAUGGUCCAGAGCACACACUGGUUUACAUCCAUCCUGUGGAAGCUGCCCAGACUCUGUUUACAGACCCAGGCCAGGUCACUUAUGUUCAACAGGAUGCUACAGCUCAGCAGGCCUCAUUACCAGUACAUAACCAGGUUUUACCUUCAAUUGAGAGUGUGGACGGUUCAGACCCUUUAGCAACUCUUCAGAAUCCCAUCGGGAGAUUAGAGGCAAAAGAGGAAGAGGAUGAGGAUGAGGACUCUGAAGAAUAUGAGGAGGAAGAUGUUGAAGACACAGACAUGGACGACUGGGAACCAGAUCCACCUCGGCCCUUUGACCCUCAUGACUUAUGGUGUGAGGAGUGUAACAAUGCUCAUUCGUCAGUGUGUCCAAAGCAUGGCCCGUUGCAUCCUAUCCCCAACCGGCCAGUGCUCACAAGAGCCAGGGCCAGCCUGCCUUUGGUCCUCUACAUAGACAGGUUCCUGGGAGGUGUCUUCUCCAAGAGGCGCAUCCCCAAACGCACCCAGUUUGGUCCUGUGGAGGGUCCCCUGGUCCGAGAGUCUGAGCUGAAAGACCGUUACAUUCACCUAAAGAUUUCUCUUGAUAAAGGGGACAGAAAAGACCGGGAUUUGCAUGAAGACCUGUGGUUUGAGUUGUCUGAUGAGACUCUUUGUAACUGGAUGAUGUUUGUCCGCCCAGCCCAGAAUCACCUAGAACAGAACCUGGUAGCUUACCAAUAUGGCCACCAUGUAUAUUACACAACAAUAAAGAACAUAGAGCCCAAGCAGGAACUUAAGGUGUGGUAUGCUGCAUCUUAUGCCGAGUUUGUGAACCAGAAAAUUCAUGACAUUUCUGAGGAAGAAAGGAAAGUUCUUCGAGAACAAGAAAAGAAUUGGCCCUGCUAUGAAUGUAACCGCCGAUUCAUAAGCUCAGAGCAGCUGCAGCAGCAUCUCAAUACCCAUGAUGAGAAACUGGAUGUAUUUAGCAGAACAAGAGGCAGAGGAAGAGGACGAGGAAAGAGGCGAUUUGGCCCAGGUCGACGGCCAGGGCGCCCUCCAAAAUUUAUCCGUUUGGAUAUAGGCAGUGAAAAUGGAGAAAAGUGUGACGACGGGACACAGGACUUGCUUCAUUUUUCCAGCAAGGAGCAUUUUGACGAGGGUGAGACUGCUGCUCUGAAUGGUCUUGAUCAACCGGAUCAGCCCUCUCUCUCAGUACCUCAGUUGCCACAGGACACGCAGUCAUCUUUGGAACAUGACGCUGGGGCACACACCCUGCAUCUGCAUCCAGAGCAUGACGAGAGCGUAGUCCCCACUCAGAGUACCCUGACGGCUGACGAUAUGCGGCGAGCCAAACGCAUCCGCCUGGAGCUGCAGAACGCAGCUCUUCAGCAUCUGUUUAUUCGGAAAUCUUUUCGGCCUUUUAAAUGCCUGCAGUGUGGGAAGGCCUUCCGUGAAAAGGACAAACUAGACCAGCACUUGCGCUUCCAUGGGCGGGAGGGGAACUGCCCCCUGACCUGUGACCUCUGUAACAAGGGCUUCCUCAGCAGCGCCUCCCUGGAGAACCACAUGAAGCUCCAUUCUGAUCAGAAGACUUACUCUUGCAUUUUUUGCCCAGAGUCCUUUGACCGUCUUGAUUUGUUGAAAGAUCAUGUGGCCAUCCAUAUCAAUGAUGGUUACUUCACCUGCCCAACUUGUAAAAAACGUUUCCCAGAUUUCAUCCAGGUGAAAAAGCAUGUGCGCAGCUUCCACUCAGAAAAGAUAUACCAGUGCACAGAAUGUGACAAGGCCUUCUGUCGUCCUGAUAAACUGCGCCUCCACAUGCUCCGGCACUCAGACCGCAAAGAUUUCCUGUGUUCUACAUGUGGAAAGCAGUUUAAGCGUAAAGAUAAACUUCGGGAGCACAUGCAAAGAAUGCACAAUCCUGAAAGGGAAGCCAAGAAAGCAGACCGCAUCAGUCGCUCUAAGACCUUCAAGCCUCGCAUCACAUCCACAGACUACGACAGCUUCACGUUCAAGUGCCGCCUGUGCAUGAUGGGCUUUCGGAGGCGAGGCAUGCUGGUAAAUCACUUAUCAAAGAGACAUCCUGACAUGAAGAUAGAAGAAGUGCCAGAAUUAACUCUGCCCAUCAUAAAACCUAACCGUGAUUACUUUUGUCAGUAUUGUGAUAAGGUUUAUAAAAGUGCCAGUAAGCGUAAAGCACAUAUCCUGAAGAACCACCCAGGAGCUGAGCUCCCGCCAAGCAUCCGGAAACUUCGUCCUGCUGGACCUGGAGAGCCUGAUCCCAUGCUGAGUACUCACACCCAGCUUACAGGGACCAUAGCAACUCCUCCUGUCUGCUGCCCUCACUGCUCCAAGCAGUACAGUAGCAAGACCAAAAUGGUACAGCACAUUCGAAAGAAGCAUCCGGAAUAUGCCCAGCUCCCCAGCGGUGUGCAUGCCCCCUUGACCACAGCUGUGAUCAGCACCACACCAGCUGUCUUAACCACGGACAGUGCCACUGGGGAGACGGUGGUGACAACUGACCUGCUCACUCAAGCCAUGACAGAGCUGUCGCAGACUCUAACAACUGACUACCGGACCCCACAGGGGGAUUACCAGAGAAUUCAGUACAUCCCUGUGUCGCAAUCCACCUCUGGUCUCCAGCAGCCACAGCACAUACAGCUGCAAGUGGUGCAAGUGGCCGCGGCCACUUCACCUCACCAGUCUCAGCAGUCCACUGUAGAUGUUGGUCAGCUCCAUGACCCUCAGACAUACACCCAGCAUGCUAUUCAGGUGCAGCACAUCCAGGUCACUGAGCCCACCACCUCGGCUCCUUCCUCAUCUCAGGUAGCUGGCCAGCCAUUGAGUCCUUCUGCCCAGCAGUCUCAACAGGGUCUCAGCCCCUCCCACAUACAAAGCAAUUCCUCAGGCCAAGGCCAGUCUCUGCAGCAGCACCAGCAGCAACCGCAACAGCAGCAGCAAAGUUCAUCUGUACAACAACACACAUAUCUACCCAAUGCUUGGAAUUCCUUCCGAGGCUACUCCUCUGAGAUCCAAAUGAUGACCCUUCCCCCUGGUCAGUUUGUGAUUACAGAUAGUGGUGUGGCAGCUCCAGUUACCAGUGGCCAAGUAAAGGCAGUUACUCCGGGCCAUUAUGUCUUAUCAGAAAGUCAACCAGAAUUGGAGGAGAAGCAGACUUCUGCACUUUCCAGUGGAGUCCAGGUUCAGCCAGCUGUGCACAGUGACACCUUGGACCCCCAGACAACUAGCCAACCACAGACCACACAGUACAUCAUCACCACCACCACCAAUGGGAAUGGAAGUAAUGAAGUACACAUCACUAAGCCAUAA